AUGUCUUCCUUUACAGAAACGCCUGACUUAACAGGCGCGCAUACCGCUGCCUCAUCCUCGCCAACAAACUCCACCCCUUCGCCUUCAACCUCAAGCGUCACAACAGCCAAUUCUGCGCGUCGCCCACCGCGCAAGAGCACAUUGACCCAACAACAGAAGAACAACAAGCGUCAACGGGCCACCCAGGAUCAACUCGUCACCCUCGAAGUCGAAUUCAACAAGAACCCUACCCCCACCGCUGCUACUCGGGAACGAAUCGCAAGUGACAUCAAUAUGACCGAGCGAUCAGUACAAAUUUGGUUCCAGAACCGUCGCGCUAAAAUCAAGAUGCUUGCGAAGAAGAGUAUCGAGACUGGCGAAGGCUGCGAUUCAAUUCCCGAGUCGAUGCGCCAUUACCUUGCGAUGCAAUUCGACCCCACCAAACCCGGAACUCGAGACCCCUUUGGCCGUUCGGCAGGAUACGGAGCUCCCAGCAUGUAUGCGAAUGAGACUAGCCCUACCGGGAAAGUUGUCAUUUCGCAUUUCACCUGUCGCUCCUUGACUAUCGGUAGCUGGCGGCGCAUUGGCCAGAAUGCCAUGGACUUGGUGGUUUUUUACUCACCUGACAAGGCUUGCAUGACAUAUUAUAUCAACAACGACUCUGCCGGCUAUAAGAUCGAGUACCCCUUCGCCCAUAUCAAGAACAUCACAUUGGAGACAGGGGCCCGACCCCAGGACCGAACGGCGCGCCACCUCGGCCUGGUGGGGGGCUUCUACCAAUGUGGUGAUUUCACCGAGGAGCAGCAAGCGAGUCAGAUCAUGCUCGCAAAGCUUGUAUCAUUGGAAUCCUUCCAGAACCGCUUGGCAUACCAUGCCAACAACAACAACUUUGCUGUCCCUGCUGUACCCGCCGUACCUACCACACCUGCUGCACCCUCCACGAUGUCGCCUCCCUUUAUUCAGCGCCCUGCAUCUCAGCCCAAUCACUACGCUCAGGCCCCCUAUGUGGGACUGUACCAGGACGCCAAUCAUCUGGGCUUCAAUAUGCCCGCUGCUCGUGGUCACAAGCGCCAGCGUAGUCGGUCCGUCCCGGCGGCGGUUGACAUCUCUGCCCUGCAAGCCCCCAUGCACUCCUUCCACAUGCCGCAAACGCCCGCUCCGUUCAACCACACCGACUCUGGAAUCUAUGCGCCUAUCCCGCAAUCCGUCCACGCCCUUCCCACAGAUUUACGCAUCGACACCGAGGGCUAUGGAUUGGAUUUCCGACCGAACCCCAUGUCUGCGACUACCGCGGGUUCGCCAUCUGAAUUUGCCAGCCCGUCGAUGUUCAGCAGUGCCGCUCGAGGAGAUUCAACACCAGUCGCCAGCAUGGCUCCGCAGUUCAAUGUUUCGUAUAUUUCUGCAGGACCCUCCGACACAUCCACUGUCGGAUCGCAUGCGCCAUCGCCUUACUCUGGUGUCAGCCCAGCGGAUCCUAUGAUUGCCAACCACUCUCCUCCUUUGUCGAACCUGUCCCAUGGCUCAUCCGACAUGUAUGGCUUCGCGCAUGAUCAGCAAUCGGACUUCGCCGAGGACGGCCUUUCAAUGAACGAUAUGUACCCCAAGCAUCAUAACGUCAACUACACCGUCUCUCAUGAUGGUCCUAGUUUCGACCUCCCGAUGCACGGCAUGCCUGGCCAUGCUUCUCCGGGGAUGCCCGAUUACUCUCACCAUGGUAUGGUCAACCUCGACGAGAUCAACUCAAACGGCCUUCCUACUGGGUCCUGA